AAUUGGUUUAUCUUAGGUAUCGUUAUAAUUACAUUGAAGAUUUUUGUGCUCAGUAGCAAUUCGUUCGCGAUUAAAAUAACGAGAUUUGUUAAAAAUUGUGAUCAUUUCGAAUAUCAAUACUUGGUUUUCAUCGUGGUGGCAGCCACUGUGCCGUUCGUUCCCUGUACGCCGUCGCUGCUUUCAGUGGGUGGUGUAAUCAAUAUUAUACGUUUUAGUGGAGCGAGAGUCCUGCGAAGAGCAGAGUUCGGUGUGCUUAAUGUGAAUGAAACAGUUCGUUAUUUACCAACAAUAUCAUCAUGCAACCACCACCCAGAAAGGGAAACUACGUCAAGUUUUUGAAAAAUCUUCACUCAGAACAAUUGGCAAAAUUGGCACUUAAGAAUCAACAUGAAUGCGAUUUACUCGAGGAUAUUAGGAGCUUCACUAUUAAACGAUCCGCGAUCGAAAAAUCCUACUCGGAAGCCCUGUUGAAGAUCUCCUCGGCGUAUUUGAAUAAGAAGAUACCUAACAUUCCUGAUAUUAAAUUGGACGGUGGAGAGGAAAAAUGGAAUAUGUGGAACGUUUGGCGUACAGUUUUAGAAGAAAACGAAAAGUUAGCUCGAGCUAGAUUGGCUGCAGUGGAAGUUUUUCAACAGCAAAUUGCAGAUGACGCAAAAGUGUUGAGGGCUCACAAGUUGGCCGCAGCCAGGAAGUGUGUAGACCAGUUAGCCAUCGUACAGAAAGAACUCCAAACUUGUGUGAUCGACGUUGAUAAAACGAAGAAAUUAUACUUUGAUGAAGAGCAUAGCGCCCACGAUGUUAGAGAUAAAGCCAGAGACAUCGAAGAAAAAUUAAAAAAGAAAAAAGGGUCAUUCUUCCAAUCAAUCACAUCGUUACAAAAAAAUAGUGCUAAAGUAUCAUCAAAACGCGACCAAUUAGAAGAGAAAUCAACGGGAGCAAGAAACGAUUACAUUCUCUGUUUAGCAGCCGCGAACGCCCACCAAACCAGAUAUUUCGUAGUAGAUCUUCAACUAGCUAUGACGACGAUGGAGAGUAACGUAUACGACAAAGUAGCAGAAUAUUUAACCUUGAUGGGUCGCACGGAACUUUUAACGUGUUCAGCUAUGCAAAACUCCUUUAGCACAAUCCGCGAUCAAGCGAAGCAACUAACCAGAGAAUACAACCUCCAAUGUUGUUACCUAUAUUAUCCCGUAUUAAAACAACACAUUCAAUACGAUUACGAACCGUGCGAUAACGAUGCUGUGCAUACGAUAACGGCUGAUCACGAUUCUGCUGCGGCUACGUUAAGUAAAGAAGCGAGAAGAUGGGCUACGAAAAUAGCCAGAGAAAAUAAUAAUAUUAAAGAGUCGGUGAGGAAAUUACAGAUUUAUACUGCGCUAAGGGAAUCUGGUCAAAAGACGGAUCCGAAUGAUCCCAACGGACCCGAUUUGGAAACAAAAAUUGAAGAAAUGAAACAAAAUAUUAGGAGAAGUGAAACAGCUAAAACAAAAGCGGAUGCGCGUAUUGAAGCUCUUAGGAAAGGUGGUGUUAAUGUUGAUGAGUGGUUACAGGAAGCUGAAACGUUGACGGUUCAAGAUAUUCAAAGGUCAACGAGUUCAUUGUCGAUGAGGACGGAUGCGUCAGGUGCUGCGGAUCAUCCAAGUUCAGAUUCAUUUUACGACAGUGAUUACGCGGAAGGUGAUACCGCAACAAUUCCAGCGGAAAGACCGCAAGAACCAGAGGAACCCCAACGUGAUGAUAGCCAAGAGGUCGACGGUGAGUGGGCUAUGCUGGAACAAGAACGUCAACGGAUAGAACAAUUAACCGCGGGUUGGGACGAUCCAACGCAGGUAGAUUGGGGUGCGGAUGAUGCGGAACCGGAGGGAUUACCCAGAGAAAGGACGCCAUCAGGACCAACGUUGAAAUGUACGGCGUUGUAUUCGUAUACGGCCCAGAAUCCUGACGAGCUGACAAUCGUGGAGAAUGAACAGUUGGAGGUCGUCGGGGAGGGUGACGGCGACGGUUGGCUUCGCGCCAGAAACUAUCGCGGCGAGGAGGGUUAUGUCCCUCACAAUUACCUGGAUGUCGAACGGGAACAAUCGGUAACAACUCCUGGCUUAGUUCAACAGAUUUCCUUUUCGUCCGUUGACUACACGGUGGACAACGAAGAGGAAAGUCUUCCGCAAUCCGAAACGAACCAAUCACCAGAACAAGUAUCCGUAAUAGCAGCACCAUUAGUACAAGACACACCUCCAAUAGAUCAAACGUUCGGUUAUUGUUGUGCCCUUUACGAUUACGACGGCGAAGGGGAUGAAGAGUUAACUUUCGAGGAAGGUCAAGUAAUAAGAAUCGUAAGCAAAUGUGCGCAUAGUGUCGAUGAUGGUUGGUGGAAAGGAGAACUUGAAGGCAGGAUCGGAAAUUUCCCUUCGUUAGUUGUCGAAGAAUGUGAUGAAAACGGGGAACCACUCACAGAACAUUGGAAUGAAUCUCCCCCUUGUUCCGCACCACCUGUUUUCACGCCUCCGGAAAUUCCGGAGCAUCUCAUACCAGCCGACGAGGAAAUAAUUAUUGAAGAUACUCCUCAAUCGGAAGAUGGAAGCAGCAGCAAGCCGCCUUCGCAACCGCCUCCUCCACCAUUAGUUCAAGCCGUUAAUAAUGCUUUUUCGAUGGAAUUAAGUCGGAACCAACAACAACAGUAUGGAUCGCAGUUUGAAAACGACAUACCGACUAUAGACGUUCCUAGCGUCGUUGUUGCGGAUGAGGACGGAGAAGCAGUAACGGAAAGUGACCAAACAGACGAGUACGGUUUAGGUGUCGCUCAGAUAGUAAUAACAGCGGCGACACCAAUGGUCGAAGAAGCGGACCAUUCAUUUCCGCAAACGGAAGAGGAAGAACCGCCACCAUCGAAUCACGUCGAAGAAACAACGACGGCGACAACGAUAGCGGAAGAAGAGGAACCAACUUUCGACGACGAGAUGACGGAAAUCGAAAAGGGCGAUCCGAUGACAACGACCACUUCUAGCGGCUUCGAAGACCUGGAGGACCGAUACGGUAACGACGAUCAACCGGAUUCCGCGCAAUACCCGGUGAGCAGUAGCACUGAAGGAGAGGGUGAAACGACGGGACCAAGCACUGCUGAAAAUUCAAUUUGUAACGUUCCUCCGAUGGAGGAUAACGAACCGCCAAAGCAAGUCGUUGGCGGCAGGGCCAGUAUUCCCGACGAACUCGAACCUCACCAACUGGCCAGGCUGCAAGACCUGAAGGAAUCGAACGCGUAGGAACGGGCGGACGGGCGCGUAAAUUUGUAAGUUGUUGACACUUCUCAUUCAGAUUUUAUAAUGUUCGAAAGAUUCGAAAUGAUUCGUGCUGAUGUAGUAAAGUUAUGUGUAUGCUUAUUAUUUUUGAAAAUGAAAAUGAUUUUAUUUAAAGAAAUUAAUUAAACAAAUUUAUAUAUGACAAGUCUCUCUUUGAUAUUAAGAAUAUAAGUUUUUAAUGUUUCACAAAAUGAUUAAAAUACAUCUUAAUACCAAUCACUUUUUUAUUUGUUGGAAAAUACCCGAAAUAGAGUUGGAAUUGAUCAAAAUGGAAACAUGAAGUUACAACUAACAUUCAUUUAGAUAGAGGAACUACCUAAUUCAAUUUAUAUUCAUUCAAAAAUUGGAUUGGGUUUCUUCCUCGUACUCAUUUAAUAAAAAGAAGUUAAAAUUCAACUUAUUUUCAGAAUUCAUGGAUGUAGUAGAUUCCUAUAUGCUGUAGUUACAAGUUGUAUCAUAUGAAAAGUAUAUUUUUUUUACAUUUCUUAUAAAGCUACAAAAAGUUUCAUAACAAAAAUUCUCGAUUAUUUAUUAAAAUAAAUGUUAAGAAAGAAAUAUAGAAAGAAAAUGAAAUAUUAAAAACGAUUACAUACUAAAGAGACUUUUCGUAUAAUAAUUGUUUAUUUAGUGCCCGUCCUUGAGCACACCAGCGCAUAUUCGCGCGUACUAUAAGGUACCUUUUUCGAAACGUUUGACUAUCGAACAAAAAAAAAAGCCACGCCGCGCGAACAUCACCCUGUAUAUUACUACUCAUGGUGUAUAUUGUAAAUGUGUGUAAUAAAAUAAUAAACCCCC